AUGUUGAAGAAGAUAAUCAAAUAUUGGCGAUUGGUGACCUCAACGGUGAAAAGCUGGCUGAUCGAGAAGACUUGGAGGCUGUAUAACGAAUGGUAAGUCAACGUAUAUAUAUAUACGUAUAUAUAUGUAUAUAUAUAUACAGGGUGGGGCAUCUUUGUGGCCCGAUUUGAAUUGACUAUAACUUCUUUAGUUUUUGGCCAAAUUUUAAAAUUCUUUUUUUCUCUGAAUCGUCAGCCAACCCCAUUUUGUUUAAUACCAAAUACGUUAUACAUAGGUAAGUGUCAUCUACAGUUAUUGCAUUUAUUCUUGAAGUUCAUUUUUUGGUCGUUUUUCGGUUGUUUUUUCGGUCUUUCCCGGUGUGUCCGAAAAUGGAGUCCGGUGUGGAAGAAAAGGCUUGGUCUGUGGUUUGGUAUAGCAAGUACGGUUCGGCGAUAAAUUUUCAAAUGGGGAUACCGCAUAAAAUACGGACGUAAUGCCUAACCUCCAGAUCGCAAGACAAUUCGACGUUCGUGGAAUAAGUUUCUUGAGACUGGCAGCGUUAACAGGAAACAAAAAAAGCAGGAAAAAAAUGAGUACGAACGGAGCUGAAAAUUUAAGAAGUUUUGUCAAAAUUCCGAGAAAAUCCGCAUAUGAGUACACGAAGUUUGGCCAGAACCGAGGGAAUGCCUUCACCAAGGACCAUUCGACGAACUCUGGAGGUUGAUCUUCACUUUUUGUUCUUAUUCUCAUCGUCGAUUUUCGGGAGGGUAAAUUCCGCCGUAUUUUUCUUCCGCACCGUACUCCAUUUCUGGACACACCGGGAAAGACCGAAAAAACAACCGAAAAACGACCGAAAAAAUGAACUCCAAGAAUAAAUCCAAUAACUGUAGAUAUACACUUACUAUGUAUAACAUAUUUGGUAUCAAACAAAAUGGGGUUGGCUGACGAUUCAGGGAAAAAAGAAUUUUAAAAUUUGGCCAAAAACUAAAGAAGUUAUAGCCAAUUCAAAUCGGGCCACAAAGAUGCCCCACCCUGUAUUUCUAUUUCGAGUUGCGCUAGAGCUUUAAAAUGAGGCUUUGGGAAUUUUCAACCCAUUAAAAAAAAACUUCUUAUGCCUUUAUUUUAAAAUCAAUUCUUUCAGCUCAAAAUACUUCAAAAACGCCUCUCCAAUGCCCUCCAAUUACACGAUCCGUCGCAUUGAAGACAUUCAAAUCGAUGACAUCAUUCGACACGAUCUCGCUCCAUUGCCACGAACCCUCCCACCCAUGGCAUUUUACCAACCCCCGAGUGUGGAUUUCUUCUACCCAUUGGAGAUAAUGCUUCUGUUGGUUUGUAUUUUGCUCAGCUUCUUCGAAUGCGGCCAAGCUUUUGUGCCAACUCGAGGAUUGCAGAGGAUAUGGUGA